AUGGCCCUAUUUUUUCCGCUUGCGUUUCAUCUGGAGUUCGAAUCGAACGUGCUGGAUGUCGCCGUUCACCCCACCCGCCGCCUGCUGGCCAGUGCGCUCGACGGCGGCACGCUGCAGCUCCAUGUAUACGACGCCUGUGACGGCUCCGGCGGCGCCACGCUUCAGCUGCUGCCGCUGCACACCCUGGGCGGCGCCACGCAGCCCGCCUGCACGGCAACCUGCUUCCUGGGCGGCAUCGGCGGCACCAGCGACAGCAACGGCUGGGUGGCCGCAGGCGGCGCGGCGGGCGGGCUGUCGGUGUGGGACGUGGACACAGGCGCGGCGGUGUGGUCCCGCAACAGUGCGCACAGCUCCAGGGUCAAGUGCGCCGCUCCGCUGGGGCCGCAGCUUCUGGCCACAGGGGACAGCUGGGGAGGGCUGCACGUGUGGGACUUACGCAGCAGGGCGGCAGCAGCGGGGGUGCAGCUGCCGGCGGAUGGCGCCGCCACAGACCUAUGCUUGGUGGAGGGCAAGGACUCGCUCGUUGCGGUGAGCAGCAGCGGCACCGAGGGCCACCUGUCGACCAUCAGCCUGCGACAGAUGUCCAGCCCCAAAGUGAUGGGCAGCUGCCGCCACGCGGCGCCCAUCCACUCCGUCGCCACGCUGCACGGCGGCCGCACGGUGCUGUGCGGCGACGACCGCGGCAAGUGGGGGCUAGGCCGCUGGGGCCAGCUGCGCGAGGGAGAGGUGCUGUUCAGGGCAGGUGAGGGCUGCUGCCGGUCUGCUGCUUGCUGA